UGGCCGUCACGACCUGUCUAACCUGUGGUGGAACGCUGAGAGUUGCGUUCCAAAGAUGGGAUGUGAUUGGAUGAGCUUCGGUCGUGGCCGGGCCCAGGGCUGCGCAUGCGCUUUACACACACAGCGCAGCUGGCUGCGGCGCCAUGCAGAAGUACGAGAAACUGGAGAAGAUCGGGGAGGGCACCUACGGCACCGUGUUUAAGGCGAAGAACCGUGAGACUCACGAGAUCGUGGCCCUAAAACGCGUGCGAUUGGAUGAUGACGACGAGGGCGUCCCCAGCUCCGCUCUGCGGGAGAUCUGCUUACUGAAGGAGCUCAAACACAAGAACAUCGUGCGGCUCCACGACGUUCUCCACAGCGAUAAGAAGCUGACGCUGGUAUUCGAGUAUUGUGACCAGGACUUGAAGAAGUAUUUUGACAGCUGCAACGGGGACCUGGACCCGGAGAUCGUGAAGUCCUUCAUGUAUCAGCUGCUGAAGGGUCUGGCUUUCUGUCACAGCCGCAACGUGCUGCACCGUGACCUCAAGCCACAGAACCUCCUCAUCAACAGAAACGGCGAGCUGAAGCUGGCAGACUUCGGCUUGGCGAGAGCGUUCGGCAUCCCCGUGCGCUGUUACUCCGCAGAGGUGGUGACCCUCUGGUAUCGGCCCCCAGACGUGCUUUUUGGCGCCAAACUUUACUCCACCUCCAUAGACAUGUGGUCGGCCGGCUGUAUCUUCGCAGAGUUGGCCAACGCCGGGAGACCCCUGUUCCCUGGAAACGACGUGGAUGACCAGCUGAAAAGGAUCUUUCGGUUGCUCGGGACCCCGACUGAGGAGCAGUGGCCGGCUAUGACCAAACUCCCGGACUACAAGCCGUAUCCCAUGUAUCCGGCCACCACGUCGCUUGCGAAUGUCGUAUCCAAACUGAACGCCACCGGCAGAGACUUACUGCAGAAUUUAUUGAAGUGUAACCCGGUGCAGAGGAUUCCGGCUGACGAGGCGUUACAGCACCAUUACUUCGCAGACUUCUGCCCUCCAUAGCCCUGAGCAUCGAGCUGCCACGGCCCCCCCUCUCUCUCUCUCCUGCCCC